UUACAAAACACAGACCGAUCGAGAGAGGGGAGAGGAGAAGGCAGAGAGAGACAUGGCAGUCCUAAGUACAUACUUCGCCUCCGAUUUCAAAAACCUGAGAUUAUUUCAUUCAGUCUCUCAUUGAGAGCUCGACAGGAGAGGUUCGUUCGCAAUACCCGAGAAUUUCGCCAACUACCCGGACUGAUAUUUUAUUUGUUUAUUAUUAUUUUUUGUCGGGUGGAAGUGUGUGUGAGUGCGCGCGUGUGUAUUUCUACAGAUUACACCUUGACUGUGUUGUAUAUCAAACCAUUUUUCUCUCUUUCCAUUUUUUUUUCCUUUUUCUUAUAUUAUUGUUAUAAUACACACACAAUCCACGCGCGAACACUUCACAUAUCUAUCUAUCUAUCUAUCUAUCUAUCUAUCUAUCUAUCUAUCUACCUAUCUAUCUAUCUAUUUAUCUAUCUAUCUAUCUAUCUGUCUGUCUGUCUGUCUAUCUGUCUAUCUAUCUAUCUGCCUAUCUAUCCUGUCUGUCUAUCAACGGUGUUGGAAUGCGUGUGUCUUGUACAGACAGCAAGACGAAUCUACAGAACUUGGAAUUUUGCGCACUUAAGAGACUACUGGAGGAAAACUACAAGACGACAUCACAUGCAGCGUCAUCGUUGGGGUUGGUCAAUGAAAAGAAGUCUGAAGUUCCUUUGAAGAUCUUCUGCCAGUCAAAACUUGGAAUUGUUUAAAAAGAAAAAGAGACCAAAAAGAAGAGAAAAAAAAAAACAGGAUCAAUUUGCCGAAACGAAAUAUAAAACGAAAGAAAACAUAUCAUUGUAUAUCUCUAUAUUUACAUAUGAUCAAGUGAAAGGGAUUUUACAAAAGACAAGACUCUGCAUUACUCUAUAAACAACCAUACGUAUAUAUAUAUAUAUAUAUAUAUAUAUAUAUAUAUAUAUAUAUAUAUAUAUAUAUAUAUAUAUAUAUAUACGCACUUGUAUGAAGUAUUGACACGAACAUAAGAAAAAUACGAACCAACCAGCAACCCAGCCAAGCUACACACAUUGAAUUACAAGACGUACAACAACAUACUUUAUAUAGCACACGUCAUAGUCACACACUACACAGAUAUAUUUAUAUUUGUAUUUAUAUUUAUAUGUGUGUGUUCCUGCCUACGAUUUCCUCUUAGAAAUCAAUCGCACGGCUAUAAUCGAUAACUUGUUAAUUAUAAAUUAUCAUUUGUUCGACUACUUUCUUCUGCUGACACUCGUUGCUGUUGUGAGUUGAGCUGCUUAUAUUUACAAAUAAUUACAACAACUUCGACUAUUCCUACCACUAUUUUCAUUAAUCAUCAUCGUCAUUAUUAUCAUUAGUACUAUUAUUAUUAUUAUUACAACUACUACAUGUUGUUGACGGUCUAAGAUAUUUAGAUUAAUAAACCGGUUACUGUCUCAGUAUCGUCUACUGGAAGUACCCGGGGUGAAGUAAAGAGGAGGGUGUGUGGAGCAUAUUUAAUAUUUUUUUUUUCAAUUAAAUCUUUGUUUAUAUACAUAUAUAUAUAUAUAUAUAUAUAUAUAUAUAUUUAGUUUGGUCGCUUUUUAGUUUCGGGUGAGCGUUAAGGGAACGUUCAUUGCGUGUGGGGUUUUUUUUAUAUUACCAAGUUAGCUUGUAGCGAGAGUAGUUGUAGUGGUGGUAGUAGUUGUAGUGGUUUUGUAGUUGUUGUUGUUGUUGUUGUUGUAGCUGCUGUAGCGGUGGCGGUUGAAGUUAGAGAGGGUUGUGUGUGUGGAUGUGAGUGUGAAAGAAGCGUGGGUGGUGCUGUGUGCAGAAGAAUGCCUCCACAGGCAACUAUGGAUCAACAACAAAGCAAUAACUUAUUCUCUGUAAAACGCGGCGGCGGCGGUGGAGCGAGCAGUGGUAUUAGUGGCAGUAGUGGUGUCAGUGGUAGCAGUGGUGGCGGUGGCAGCAGUGGUGGUGGCGGCGGUGGUGGUGGUGGGGGUGCUGGUGGUAGUAGCAGCGGAGUGUCUUCGCUACCGUCGCCCUCCUUCUCGGCGUCUACAUCCGACUACGGAAAUGGCGCCUCUUCUUCUUCAUCAGCAUCAUCAUCAUCAACAUCGUCAGCAUCGAUAAUGCCAUCGCCUUUGGAACACCGCCUACACCUGCCACAUCAACAUCAACAACAACAACACUCACAGCAACAACAAGCAGAAGAUGGACAAGACCAACCGGGUCAACAACCCCCUAAAGUAAAGUGUGUGUUGGUUGGUGAUGGUGCUAUAGGCAAGACCAGUUUAAUUGUUAGUUACACGACCAAUGGAUAUCCAACGGAAUAUGUACCAACAGCAUUUGAUAACUAUUCAGUGGUUGUGUCGGUCAAUAACAAACCGGUCAGUCUACAGCUUUGUGAUACUGCUGGACAGGACGAUUUUGAUUCGCUACGUCCUCUAUGUUACCCGAACACAGAUGUCUUCCUGCUUUGUUUCAGUGUGGUCUGUCCUUCGUCUUUCCACAACAUUCUUGACAAAUGGUUACCAGAGGUGCGGCAACAUUCACCGAAAACCCCCAUCAUCUUAAUUGGUACUCAGUGCGAUCUCAGGAACGAUGUGAAAAUCCUCAUUGAACUGGCUCGCUACAAAGAGGCCCCAAUUGCGGAAGCCGAUGCCCAGCGCCUCGCCUGCCAAAUUGGGGCCUAUUCGUAUAUUGAGUGCUCGGCACUGACGCAAAAGAAUCUGAAAGAGGUCUUUGACAGUGCCAUCAUUUCAGCUUUGAACCUUGGUAAACCUACUCUACCCAGUGUGCCUUCGGGCAAAUCGAAAUUGAAAAAGAUCAAUCCAGACGUACCACCCCAUAAAAGGAAAAAGGGUUGGAAAAAGUUCUUCUGUGUGUUUUAGAAUGUCAAAGACACUUGUGAGUAAAGAAGAGAGUGCGGGAGAGAGAGAGAAAGAAAGUGAGAGAGAGAGAGAGAGAGAGAGAGAGAGAGAGAAAAAGAGAGGGA